AUGCCACCAUCUAAACCGGCUAUCGCCGAUGAUAAUUCUGCGCCGGACUUGGAGAUUGUCGGCAAACAAUUGACCAUUCACCCAUCAGGCUUCACUGGAGGUCCCGACACCCAAGAUGACCAGAUCACCGAACGUAACCUUGUGCGCCAUAUGGCCCGGUUUCGCGAGAACCCCUUUGAUUUCUUACGUGAAGUGAGCAUGUACAUGUCUGGCACAGGCUGGCGCGCGUAUAAUGAUGCCAUUGGUCAACCAAUCUUCUAUUCGGGGUUCUCCGAAAGGAUGAAGAACUCGAUAUUGGACAGUCCGCUUCUGCAAAACAAAGUCACUGAAUUGGCCAAUAGUCGGCUCACAGUCGAAGAGAAGGAGGGAUUGCUGGCAAUCAAGGAAGGCGCAACAUUAGACGACAAGCGCGCUCGGCGAAGAACGGAGAUUCAAGGUAACCUUCUGGAAGUUGUGGAUACCAUGAUGGACAAAAUGAUCUGUAAGAUGGAGAGUAAAAGGUUCAUUCGGGGUGCUUAUUAUAUGUGCACACAGCUUUUGACCCGUGCUUACCAUCAAGGCAUCCAUGUGUCCAGUGAAGAAGUCUUGCGGCUAAGGUCCGUGGCUGAAACUGCUGCAAAGAAGAAACAGUCCAUUGUCUUUUUGCCCUGCCACAAAUCUCACGUGGAUUAUGUGUCGCUGCAACUGAUAUGUUACCGACUUGGAAUCGCUCUUCCAGUCGUUGUCGCUGGUGACAACCUAAACAUCCCUUUGCUGGGUCCUUUCUUGCAACACGCAGGCGCUAUGUGGAUUCGACGCAGCUUUGGAAAUGACCCUUUGUACCAUACCGUAGUACAGGCUUAUAUUGACACCCUCCUCCAGCAAGGCUUUAACUUUGAAUGUUUCAUUGAAGGAGGUCGCUCCAGAACUGGAAAACUGCUGUCGCCUAAAUUCGGAAUCUUGAGUUUCAUUAUGGACAGUUUGCUGUCCGGCCGGGUGGAAGAUACUAUCAUUUGCCCCGUCAGCACACAAUACGACAAAGUCAUCGAGACCGAGUCAUAUAUCAGCGAGCUCCUUGGCCAGCCGAAGGCGAAGGAGAAUCUGGCUGAUCUGCUCUCCUCCUCCUCGGUCUUAUCUCUGAAACUGGGUCGGGUUGAUGUCCGAUUCCACGAACCAUGGAGUCUCCGGGAGUUCAUUGGUCAGCAGCUUACGCGACUGGAUCAUCCCAGCACCGACCUCAACGACAAGCUCAGUUAUAACGAUCGGGGCCGCAUCCUCAGAACAUUUGGUUACCGAGUCUUGGCAGAAAUAAACGAUGUUUCUGUGAUGAUGCCAACCGCUCUUGUGGGAACUGUUCUUUUGACAUUGCGCGGUCGAGGAGUAGGCAAAGGCGAACUGUGCCGGCGACUGGAUUGGCUUUGCGAUCGAGUGCGAGCCAAAGGUGGCAGAGUCGCACACUUCUACCGUUCACCAACAGAAAUGGUAGUUGAUCGUGCACUCGAUGUCUUAGGACCCAAACUCGUCGGUGAGAUCCCUGGACUGGUCGAGCCAACUUACUAUGCCGUGGAUCGUUUCCAGCUCUCCUUCUAUCGCAACAUGCUGAUUCACCUGUUCAUCGCCGAGGCACUGGUGUCUGUGGCCAUGUAUACAAAGAUCAAGCAAGGAGGAGGCCCUACCAAUCAAAGAAUCAGCUACGAGGCCUUGAAAAAUCAGGUCUCAUUCUUGUCUCAGCUUUUCCGUGGGGAAUUUAUCUUCCCCCCGGAGGGCCUGACCAGCAACUUUGAUAAAACAUUGCGUGACCUGGAGAAGGACGAUGUUAUCAAGAUCACCCGUAAUUCAUCCACUACGCCGCUUUAUGUCGAGUUAAGUGAGUCAGAACGGCUCUGCGGUCGCGAAAACUACGAUUUCUAUUGCUUCUUGAUUUGGCCUUUCCUGGAAGCCUCUUGGCUUGGGGCAGUGUCUCUCCUCGGACUGACGCCACCUCUGGACGAACCAAAGGGUGUUUGGAUUGAUUCAAAGAAAGCACAGGACAGUGCUCAACUUCUGGGUAAAACGUUAUAUCACCAAGGCGAUCUCUCCUACUUCGAGGCCGUCAACAAAGAGACCCUCAAGAACUCUUAUCAAAGGUUUGAAGAAGAGGGUAUCAUUCUAGUUGCGAAGAGCAAAGAACUAAAGGCCGGUGCGUCUUUGCGGCUGGCACCUGAAUGGGCGCCGCAGCGUGACCCUGGAACUGGCAAGGUUCUAGAAGGUGGUCGACUAUGGGACUUUACCGAAUUGAUCGCGCAGUCCCGUCGUGAAGGCAAAAAUCGCCGUGAUGGUGCAACGGUCUCUUCGAGGGUGCUCACCAUGUCCGAUCAUGUUGGACGACAGCUAUUCCAAAAUGCUGCUGCCCCAGCUCCCGCCGAUGUUUCUUCGCGACAGAUGCGUCGGAAGGCACUUGGGACUGAGGCCAAACUCUAA